UGUAAGGCAGUGGAAGUAGAGCAGAGUGACCAGUAAUUAAUUUAUUCACAAAUCACAAUUCACACACACAAAUUCUCGUGAUUUCACUUUCACCUUUAUUUGUUUCCCUCCCUUCUCAGUUCUCACUUCUCUCUCUUCAACUCUUGCUUUCUCUCUCCUCCGACGUCCUCCCCACUAAACUCAAGAUCCUCUGACCUCUCCUUCUCCAAUUCACAUUUCAGUCACUCUCUUUCUAAUCCUCUUUACUUUUCAUCCACCAUUUUUAUUCAGCAAGAUUUUCAGUGAGCUGACGAUUGUGAAGCUCUGGGAUAUUUGACAUUUGAUUGUGAAAUGACAAUUGAUCGAACCUCCAAUAUGUCGCACAGUUCAAGAUUCUCUUCCAUAACCGCCAAUGGAAAUGGAUCUCCAUCCCACUCGGGUGCAUUUUCUAACGGAGAAGACUAUGAUAGUGAUUGCGCAUCAAACUUUGCUCCCCCAACACCAAUGACAUUGUCGAUGCCCAUUCCAGCUGAACUUGCAGGUGCUAUUCCCUUGAUCAAUAAAUUUCAGGUUGAGGGAUUUUUAAGAGCAAUGCAAAAGCAGAUUCAAUCUUCUGGAAAACGUGGUUUUUUCUCAAAGAAACCUUCUGGUCCUCAGAGUAGGGAAAAGUUUACUUUUGAGGACAUGCUUUGCUUCCAAAAGGAUCCAAUUCCAACUUCCUUGCUCAAAAUCAAUAGUGAUUUGGUGACCCGUGCUACAAAAUUGUUCCAAACAAUUCUCAAGUACAUGGGGGUUGACUCUUCAGAUAAAGUGACUCCAACAAGCUUAGAUGAAAGAAUUGAACUGGUUGGAAAACUAUAUAAGCACACCUUGAAACGCUCAGAGCUCCGUGAUGAACUUUUUGUACAAAUUUCAAAGCAAACCAGGAACAAUCCUGACAGGCAGUAUCUGAUAAAAGCAUGGGAGCUUAUGUACUUAUGUGCAUCCUCAAUGCCCCCAAGCAAGGAAAUUGGUGCCUACCUUUCUGAAUAUGUUCACAAUGUUGCUAAUGGUGUAAAUGUAGACCAUGACAUCCAGUUGCUUGCUCAAAACACGUUUAAUGCUUUAAAGCGCUCUAUCAAGGCUGGACCUAGGCAAAUAAUUCCGGGACGAGAAGAGAUAGAAGCUCUCUUGACUAAUAAAAGACUUACAACGAUUGUGUUUUUCCUGGAUGAAACAUUUGAAGAAAUCACCUAUGACAUGUCAACUACUGUAGCAGAUGCAGUUGAGGAACUUGCUGGAAUUAUCAAACUCGCUGCAUUUUCUAGCUUUAGUUUGUUUGAAUUUCGCAAAGUUGUUGCAGGAUCUAAAUCAAGUGAUCCUGGAACCGAGGAGUAUUUAGGUUUAGAUGAAAACAAAUACAUUGGUGAUCUGCUUGCUGAGUUUAAGGCAGCAAAGGAACGCAGUAGAGGGGAAAUCUUGCACUGUAAGUUGGUAUUCAAGAAAAAGCUGUUUCGAGAGUCUGAUGAAUCUGUAACUGACCCUAUGUUUGUGCAGCUGUCAUAUGUUCAACUCCAACAUGAUUAUAUAUUGGGUAACUACCCUGUUGGAAGGGAUGACGCUGCACAGUUGUCUGCACUCCAGAUCUUGGUUGAGAUUGGAUUUGUUAGUCAUCCAGAGUUGUGCACUGAUUGGACUUCACUUUUAGAGAGAUUAUUACCAAGGCAAAUUGCAAUAACUCGUGGAAAGCAGGAUUGGGAGGUGGAUAUUAUUUCUCGAUAUGGGUUGAUGGAAAAGUUGACUAAAGAAGAUGCAAGAGAGCAAUUUUUAAGGAUUUUGAGAUUACUUCCCUAUGGAAAUUCUGUGUUUUUUAGUGUUCGCAAGAUUGAUGAUCCCAUUGGCCUUCUACCCGGGAAAGUCAUUCUAGGAAUUAACAAACGUGGGGUUCACUUUUUCCGUCCUGUUCCUAAAGAGUACUUGCACUCAGCCGAGCUAAGAGAUAUAAUGCAGUUUGGUAGUAGCAACACUGCAGUGUUCUUUAAAAUGCGAGUUGCUGGUGUUCUUCAUAUAUUCCAGUUUGAGACUAAGCAGGGCGAAGAAAUAUGUGUUGCUCUUCAGACCCAUAUAAAUGAUGUGAUGUUACGUCGCUACUCCAAAGCGAGAGCUAUUGCCAACAGUGCAACAAAUGGAGAAAUUCCUAACCAUUCAAAGUCUCCUUCUACUAGCCUUACAUCAGAAGUUUAUGAAAAGCGUCUUCAAGAUCUGUGCAAAGCUAUUGAAGAAUCUCAGAAGAGCAUUGACCGAUUAACAGGAGAGUUAGAGGAAAAACAAAAGUUAGAGGAGAAUUUACGUGAACAGUUGGAUUCUUUGAACGAGUCAUCAAUGAUUGAGAGGCAAAAUGUGGGAAAGAUUAUGGCAGAGCAUGACAAUCUCCGGUCCUUGUGUAAUGAAAAGGAAUCUGCACUCCAGUCAGCAUUGCUAGAAAAGAACAGCCUCGAAGUGAGAUUAGGAAAGCUAAGUGAUCUAUUAUCUGAGCAAAAUUCCAAGAUGGACUUGCCUGGAUCAAACAAUCAGGUUCUUCAUAAGAUACAAGAUGAACUAAGAGUGCGGAGCGAAGAAUUGCAUUCUGCUGAACAAACUGUGAAGAGACUAGUUGAAGAAAAGUUUUCACUGGAACAGAAUAUUCGUAAUAUCGAAAGAAAACAUGCAGAGGAGAUUGAAAACGCAGCGAAAAUUUUUGAGAAAGAACGCCAAGCAUCAAAACUUCGUGUCUCAGAGCUUGAGAAGAGACUAGAUGGAGCAAGACAUGAUUUAGAGAUUGCUGAGUCAAAACUUGUUGCGAAGGAGUCAGAGUUGUCCGAAUUACAAAAUAGUCUGAAGGAGCUAGAGGAAUUGAGGGAAAUGAAAGCGGAUAUUGAUAGAAAGAAUGGACAAACUGCAGCUAUCCUAAAGCUGCAAGCUGCGCAACUGGCUGAGUUGGAAGUGUUGUAUAAGGAAGAGCAAGCAUUAAGGAAAAGAUAUUUUAACAUCAUAGAAGACAUGAAAGGCAAGAUUAGAGUUUACUGUCGUGUUAGGCCUUUAAGUGAUAAAGAAAAGGCUGAUAACGAAAAAAACAUGGUUAUAAGUUCAGAUGAGUUUACAGUUGAGCAUCCAUGGAAAGAUGAAAAGGCCAAACAACAUAUAUAUGAUCAUGUUUUCAAUGGGAGUGCGACCCAAGAAGAUGUAUUUGAGGAUACAAGGUAUUUAGUGCAAUCGGCUGUGGAUGGAUAUAAUGUCUGUAUAUUUGCUUAUGGACAAACUGGCUCUGGAAAGACAUAUACCAUUUACGGAACAGAAAGUGAACCUGGGCUUACCCCCCGUGCCACUUCGGAACUUUUCAAGAUUCUGAAAAGAGAUAGCAAAAAGUUUUUGUUUUCAUUGAAGGUUUAUAUGCUGGAGCUAUAUCAAGAUACAUUAAUGGAUUUGCUAUUGUCAAAAAAUGCAAAACGGUUGAAACUAGACAUCAAAAAGGAUUCAAAGGGGAUGGUCAUUGUGGAAAAUGUGACAAUUGUACCUGUGUCCACAUUUGAGGAGUUGAGAAAUAUCAUUCAGAAAGGAUCUGAACAAAGGCAUAUUUCCGGAACCCAAAUGAAUGAACAGAGUUCAAGAUCACAUCUUAUACUGUCAAUUAUCAUUGAAAGUACUAAUCUUCAAACACAGUCGGCAGCGAGAGGGAAGUUAAGUUUUGUUGAUCUUGCUGGCUCUGAACGGGUGAAGAAGUCAGGGUCAACAGGUAAUCAACUGAAAGAAGCACAAAGCAUCAACAAGUCACUUUCGGCUCUUGGAGAUGUUAUUAGUGCCUUAUCAACCAGCGGACAGCAUAUACCAUAUAGAAAUCAUAAACUGACAAUGCUGAUGAGUGAUUCCCUUGGUGGCAAUGCAAAGACACUGAUGUUUGUAAAUGUGUCUCCUGCUGAAUCAAAUUUAGAUGAGACUUACAAUUCUUUAACGUAUGCAUCUAGAGUUAGAUCUAUUGUAAAUGAUCCGAACAAAAAUGUCUCCUCAAAAGAAGUUGCUAGGUUGAAGAAGCUUGUUGCUUAUUGGAAGGAGCAAGCAGGUAGAAGAGGAGACGAUGAAGAUCUUGAGGAGAUCCAAGAUGAAAGACAUCCCAAGGAUAGAUCCGAUGGCCGUCAUUCUAUGUAAGUUGUAAAUCUUGUUAUUUCAGAUAAAAAUGCAGAACACUGGAGAUACCUCGGCGAGUGUCUGGGAUUCCACCCAUUGUGAUCAAUGAGCACGUUGUGGAUCUAUGGGCCUUUGAAGCGUUUCUGUUGGCUUCUUGUACUCUGAUCUCUUCAAAUUAUCAAGAAAUGGUGCUUAUAUGGAUGAUCAUCAAAUUAUAUAGAGGCUUAUAUAUAAAAUAUGUAUAUAUGUGUUGUUACCCUUCUUUCUCACUUUCAAAUAGAUAUUUAUUUUUUGACCAUAUCCCCAUCCUUGUUACAAUAGGCAAGCGUUUGCUUUGGGUUUCUAUCACUUGGGAACAUGUUACAUAUUACAAUUAGAGAAUUUGAAGCUAAAGUUCACCUGCUUGCAUAUUUGAAAAAAUGACCGUUAUGUAUGAAUUUUGAAUCUUAAAACCAAGUUGGAUGAAUGAUAGUUUGUACA